AACAACCAAAUCAACCUCAGCGCCUUGUCGGUUGCUCCGCUGGAUAACGUCGCAAAACGCGCACAACCCACUUGAAGAUUGCCUUUUCCAUUCCGUAUAGAGGAAGAAAGGAAGAUUUUUCAGUGAGAGAAAGAAUUGGGUAUCGGAGGGAGGCAAAGAUUGCAUAAUCGAUGGCAGAACACUCCGACGAUUUAGACCAACUUCUUGACAGCGCUUUGGAUGAUUUUCAGACCCUCAACCUCGCUUCUUCUGCCAAAAGAAGUGGAGAUAGGGAUGGAAGAAAGCAAGUGAGUUCUUCAAUGCCUAGUGGGGUUCAAGGGCUUGGGAUGGGUUUGCCUGAUCUGAGAAGUAAGAAAAAGGGCAAGCAAAAAGAUUCAAAAGAAUCCCAUGUUUCAGAGGCUCUUGAUAAGCUGAGAGAGCAGACUAGAGAGGCUGUUAAAGGGUUAGAGUCGAUUACCGGCGAGAAACCCAAUGGAGAGAAUUUGGGGAAUGAUGCAAUGAUGGAGGAUUGGGUUAAGCAGUUUGAGGAGCUUGCUGGGUCUCAGGACAUGGAGUCUAUUGUGGAGACCAUGAUGCAGCAGCUUUUGUCCAAAGAAAUUCUUCAUGAACCUAUGAAAGAAAUUGGAGAAAGAUAUCCAAAAUGGUUGGAAGACAACAAGGCUAAAUUAAGCAUUGAAGAAUAUGAACGUUACUCCCACCAAUAUGAAUUCAUAAAAGAUCUAAAUGAAGUUUACGAAAAUGAUCCCGGUAACUACAACAAGAUUGUUGAGCUCAUGCAGAAAAUGCAGGACUGUGGCCAACCGCCUAAUGAAAUUGUGCAAGAGCUUGCUCCUGACUUUGACAUAUCAAAUCUUGGCCAAUUAUCUCCAGAGCUGCUGGAUUCUCAACAAAAUUGUUGUAUAAUGUGAAGAGACAGCAUCUCUCUAUUGUUGCUUGUCUUUCUCGCAUUUUUUCAUAUUUGUUUCAUAUGAUCGUUUCUCAAAAAUCUGGGGGAAAUAAAAAUUGUGUCACUUGAACUAUGACAACUUAUUACCAUUUUUUAAUGGGUGAUCAGAUGCUCACUCCCACAGGCUUUCUUUGGUUAAUAGUCUGCAUGCACAUAAUUUGAAAUUGCGGAACCAAAGGGUUUCUGGCUGUUUGGAAAAUUACAAUAGGUAUAUGCAUUUGCUGCUUUUCUCGAAAGGUUGGUGGCGGUGCCACCCCCGUUUAGAAAAACUGAAGGAAUCAUCUGGUGUUCCUAUAUUGUGAUGUUGCAGUUUAAGGAGC